AUGAGUAAAAGGAUUCUAGUGAGAGGUGAUUGUAAAACUCAAUGUUUAAUGCGUAGUCUCGCAUGCGACAGUCGAUGCAAAAGGGCGGUUGGUGCUAAAGAAAUUUGUAAUACAGCAUGUCGAAACUUACUGUCUCUAUGCCUUCACCAACCGUGUGCAAGCUUUGCAGAAAAUUACUAUCGAAGAUAUCAUUAGUACACUACUAUUUAUUAGUCAGUAAUAUUUCUUUAUUUUUUUUUACAUUCCAGAAGAAGUGUACAUUUAUUUUUUUUAUAACUAUAUUUUUAA